UGAAUUAAAUCCAUUAUUCCUGCCUGCUCUCCCUCUGAGCACUUCAGCGCCGCUCAGCUCCUGUGUGUGUGUGUAUAUGUGUGUGCGCGCAACCCCCUCACAUGUGUAUGUUAGGAAGACUUUUUGUGUGUUUUUCUAAGUGGAGUCGGAGUGCUGCCGCUCAUCAGUGAAAGUGACUGCAGAAUUGGGGAGUACCUUCUUGUGCUUUCUUUUUGGAAGCAUUUCGGAGACAAAAACUGAACUUUUUGGCUGGUGUUUUUUUACCCUCUUUUCACAUCACAGGAUUUUCUUUUAUUAUACAAUUGGAAUUGAAUUUUUGGAAUUGUGUGCAUCCAACCACUUUCUAUGGCCUGGAGUUGCUUGACUCCAUUAGAACUUACCUCUUCGUAGACAAGGUGCACCAUGGUAGUGGCAAAUAGGAGGGAUUUUUUUUUGUGAGCUACUUUUAAGCAUGGACUCGGAAGGCUCAGGUGGACACUGAUCCCAAACUUGGAAGUACUGAACCAUUUUGGUGGUUGGUUUCCACAAGCAAAUGGACAGAUUUGGAUCUGUUGCGUGUGUGACAUUUUCAUCCCUUCUUGGAGGUGAAAGGUGAGAUCUGUUGCUUUGGGGAUCUGCCAGGAGAACGCUUCCAUGCCAAGACGGCAGGUCCAAAAGAAGACUGGAAGUUUGGCACGAUAAGGCGAUACUCAACCAAUGGACUCCAGUUGAAUAUUUGACCUUAAGACGUGUGUUAAGGUUAUCCUCACAUUCCCAUUGCGGACUUUCAAAGAAACUGUGCCAGAAUGAUGACCAUGAUGAUGAUGAUGGCGGCCAUGAUGGUCACCUGCAGCUCUCUCCUUCUUUUGGGAUUGGCCGCCGCUCACGCUUCCUCUUCCAGCACUGUGACACGGUCAUCUUCCUCCUCCUCUUCGUCUUCGCCGCGUAUGAAGCUCUCAUAUAAAGAAUUGCAGCAGUUCAAUGGAGUGAGGCGCUUUGAGCUGGACCGAUCGUGCUGCUUUAGCGCUCUGUUGCUGGACGAGGAGCGGGGCCGACUCUUUGUUGGGGCAAAGAACUUCCUGCUGUCGCUCUCACUGGAUAACAUCGGCAAACAGGAGCACAAGAUCCACUGGCCUGCCCCUGUUGAGUGGAGGGAGGAAUGUAACUGGGCUGGCAAGGAUAUCACAUCUGACUGCGUGAACUAUGUGAAGAUCGUCCACCACUAUAACCGCACUCACCUGUACGCCUGUGGAACCGGAGCCUUCCAUCCCACUUGUGCCUUUGUGGAGGUGGGCCACCGGAUGGAGGACCAUGUCUUCAAGAUCAACCCUUCCAACAUGGAAGAUGGCAAAGGGAAGAGUCCGUAUGAUCCUCGCCAUAAUGCUGCUUCUGUGCUCAUUGGUGAUGAGCUGUAUGCAGGUGUGGCCACGGAUUUAAUGGGGCGGGACUUCACCAUCUUUCGAAGUCUGGGGAAACGUCCCUCCAUCCGCACGGAGCAGCAUGACUCACGUUGGCUCAAUGAGCCCAAAUUUAUCGGCUCCUUUUGGGUCCCGGAAAGUGAAAAUCCUGAUGAUGACAAAGUGUUUUUCUUGUUCCGGGAGACGGCGGUGGAGGCCCAAGGAUUGGGGAAGUCUACUUACUCCCGCAUUGGACAACUCUGCAGGAAUGACAUGGGCGGUCAGAGAAGCUUGGUGAAUAAGUGGACGACGUUUCUGAAAACUCGCCUGAUCUGCUCGGUACCGGGAACCGACGGCAGCGAUACUUACUUUGACGAACUACGCGAUGUAUUCCUGCUGCAAACCAGGGACAGAAAGAAUCCUCUGAUCUACACAGUCUUCUCCACUUCCAGCAGUGUAUUUAAAGGCUCAGCUGUGUGUCUUUACUCCAUGAAUGAUAUCCGGAGGGCCUUCCUGGGGCCGUUUGCUCACAAAGAGGGGCCCAACUACCAAUGGGUCCCCUUCCAGGGAAAAGUGCCUUACCCCCGCCCAGGAAUGUGUCCCAGCAAGACUUUUGGCAGUUUUGAGUCCACCAAGGGUUUCCCAGACGACGUGAUUCAGUUUGCCCGUCACCACCCUCUGAUGUACAACCCGGUGUACCCCAUGACCAGACGGCCGGUUUUCGUCAGAACCAAUGUGGACUACAGCUUCACACAGGUCACUGUGGACCGAGUCAACGCUGCUGAUGGACAGUAUGACGUCAUGUUUAUUGGCACAGACAAAGGAACAGUACUCAAAGUCAUCAAUGUGCCCAAGGAAAGUUGGAAAAACAUGGAAGAACUUCUGUUGGAAGAGCUGGAAGUCUUCAAAGAUGCAUCGUCUAUCAUCGACAUGCAGAUCUCCUCCAAACGGCAACAACUGUACGUGGGCUCCAACACGGGCAUCGCCCAGGUGCCCCUCCACCGUUGCAGCGUGUACGGGAAAGCCUGUGCGGAGUGCUGCCUGGCCCGAGACCCUUACUGCGCCUGGGAUGGGACAUCCUGCACCCGCUACCUUCCCAACACUAAAAGGCGAUUCCGGCGCCAGGAUGUGAGGAAUGGUGAUCCCAACACUCUUUGCUCAGGAGAUCACCAUCAUCACCACAUCGCCGAGAAGAAGCUAUACGGAGUCGAAGGAAGCAGCACUUUCUUGGAAUGCAUCCCCAAAUCUCUUCAGGCCCGAGUCACCUGGACUUUUCAGAGACAACGAGACAAGCCACGAGAAGAGGUGCGUCUGGAUGAUCGUAUCUUGCAGACAGAGAGAGGCCUCCUUAUUCGCCGUGUCCUGAGGAGGGACAUGGGUGUUUACCAGUGUCACGCAAUGGAACACGGCUUCACCCAAACCGUCUUGGGCAUCACUGUAGAUGUCAUCCAGUCCUUGUCGUCUAACCUGCCCUCCGAGGCCCCUUCCCGAGCGGAGCCUCGCAGCGGGGGAGGGCCCCUAGUGGCCAACCCGAAGCUUUGGUAUCGGGACUUUAUGCAGCUGGUGGACCAUCCAAACCUGAGCACAGUGGACCAGAUUUGCGAGCAGGUUUGGGCCCGCCGGAAUCCUGCCGGUGCUAUAAUGGAGAAAAGGGGUUCCGGUUCAGUGAGGGAUUCCAUACCACCUGGCCCGUCCGUCCGGUCCACUAAUAAGAAGUGGAAGCAUCUCCAGGAGCUGAGGAAGGGGAGGAACCGCCGAACCCACGAUGCAAAGCAGAUCCCUCGGGCGCCACGGAGCGCGGGGGUGUAACACCAACAAGAAGAACAAGUGGGCUUGGAAGAACUGAUUCAAGUAGAAGUUUAGAAAGGGACUGAGACAGCUUUUGGAGGAGUUUACACAUGCAGACACACACAUACACAUGAAUGCGCACACACACACACAACACGCACACACACACUGCGCCUCCUUCAUUGUGUAUAUUUAUCUGUGGAGUUCCUUGCAUGUGUUCAUUCAUCCUGCACGAUGCCAUCACAAUGUGCCAUUAUUGUAGUUGAGUGUAAACCACACCCAUUUGAUAGCUACUGUAUAAAUCAAUGUACACUCGUUUCUCAGUACUUUUACUAUGACGGACAGCGGGCCACAUUGUUGGCCUAUGACCUCGGGACAAACUACAUGUUAUUCGAAUCUAUUAGUGAACUCUGUGCCACUAAAGAAUCCCGGAAGCCUUCGGGAUGAACGCACAUCUUUCUUCACCCCUAAAGACAUGACAAGCGGUGUAGAGCGACGGUGGACAUGACAGAUUGGGAGACACAACUGGAAUAUACUUCUACAACUGGAAACACGCAAGUGCAUGCGGAAAGAUGGACUACUUCAUGUGAUGGUCUCACGAGACUCUUUCAGCUUUUCCUUUUGUUUUGUCACACUGCAUAAUGACAUUAUUAGAUUGGGGUACGCGCAGUAGCAAGGGACACACUGGCACAAAAUGAAAAACAUCUGUCACAUGUGUCCAGUUGUUAAUGAUGUGAAACCACUACAGAGUUUGAAAUGAGCGGGAAAAUCACUGGCUUUUGAACAAUGUCCAAGUUUGUUGUUUAUUUUACUUCUAAAAGAGUAUGAGGAGUAUAAGGGCCACACUAGGGUGAAUAAAACUGCCAAGUCUGCCUCGCAUUUGAGAGGUACUACUUGGUUCGAUUAUCUGGUCCAGCCCCUUGUGCCACUUUGCGUGUUUCUGACUACUCGGGGUGUAAGGUUGUCACAAACCUUUUUGGAUUUACGAUUAUUCCAGUGAUUACUCGGAGAGCCUCCCCCACAUCAACAGUCCUCAUCAUAUUGCUGCUAUAUGUCCACCAUAUUUGUAGUUUACUCAUUACUUUACUCCAUUAGGAUUUGCCCUUUUUGAUGUGGCCCUUCUACUCCUCAUUAAGCGUAUGCUACCUGGGCAAAGGUACACGUGGUUGUUACAUCUAGGAGGUGAGAAUUGAGAAAAUAUGGAGUUGUUUUUUUUUCUGUAGAAAUUAAAACUCCCACUCCUCUGUUGAUGAAGUCCAAAGUCACUGCUCUCAGAUCCCGGAGAAAGAUGAGGUUGCUCCUCCACACCAAACGGAUCCAUGCAUGGCAGUCUUCCAUUAAGACGGAAUCAUACAAUUUUCCAAAAUGGGAACAAUUAGCCUUAAUAUUCACAAGGAAUUAGUGUUGUGUCUCAAUAUGUUUUGUCAAAAUAGUGUAUGACCUUAGUAACAACGUCGGGAACCUCACUUUAAUUUGAUCUUAAUUUUUUUUUCAAUUAUUCUCAAAUGGAACAUGACUCCCAAGAUGACAACUCAUAGUUGUGGGCGAUAGUACAUUAUAUACAUUAACGUUAUUAUUAUUAUAUUUAUGAGUGUGACUAUAAUUUUAUUUUUUAUUUUUAUUCUAAGCGGUACUUUGUGGCCUCUGUUUUUCAAAUGUUGUUGCAUUGUGAUUAAUUAAAAAAAGUUGCAAAUCAUAUUU